UUAGGAUUGAAAGUGCUUGAAAAGAGUGAUCCAAAAUGCCUGAAAACCCUGCUGCAGAGAAAAUGCAGGUCCUGCAGGUCCUCGACCGCCUGAGGGGAAAGCUGCAAGAGAAGGGAGACACGACGCAGAACGAGAAGCUGUCUGCGUUUUAUGAGACGCUGAAGAGCCCUCUCUUCAACCAGAUCCUUACACUGCAGCAGUCCAUCAAGCAGCUGAAGGGACAGCUCAGCCAUAUCCCCUCAGAUUGUUCAGCCAACUUUGACUUUUCUCGGAAGGGCUUGUUAGUUUUCACGGAUGGUUCCAUUACAAAUGGGAAUGCCCACAGGCCUUGUAGUAAUAUAACUGCAUCUGAAUCGUUGCCUUGGACGCAAAGAUCAGGAAAUGAAGACUUUACCUCAGUCAUUCAGCAGAUGGCUCAGGGCCGGCACGUUGAGUAUAUAGAUAUAGAACGCCCUUCAACCGGAGGCCUUGGAUUCAGUGUGGUGGCUCUGAGAAGCCAAAGUCUGGGAUUAAUUGACAUCUUUGUGAAGGAAGUCCAUCCGGGGAGUGUAGCAGACAGGGAUCAGAGAUUGAAGGAAAAUGACCAGAUUUUGGCCAUUAAUGACACCCCAUUGGAUCAGAAUAUUUCCCAUCAGCAGGCAAUUGCAUUACUACAACAAGCCACUGGAUCUCUGCGGCUGGUUGUGGCCAGGGAAGUGGGCCACACACAGAGCCGAACAUCCACCAGCUCAGCUGAUACAACUCUGCCAGAAACGGUGCGUUGGGGCCACACUGAAGAUGUCGAGCUCAUUAAUGAUGGCUCUGGAUUAGGUUUUGGGAUAGUUGGAGGCAAAUCCAGCGGUGUGGUCGUGAGGACUAUUGUCCCUGGAGGAUUGGCGGACCGAGAUGGAAGACUACAGACAGGGGAUCACAUCUUGAAGAUUGGUAGUACAAAUGUGCAAGGAAUGACCAGUGAACAAGUUGCUCAAGUGCUAAGAAAUUGUGGGAAUUCAGUGAGGAUGCUGGUGGCCAGAGACCCUGUUGGUGAAAUUGCAGUAACACCUCCAACACCUGCAUCCUUACCUGUUGCCCUCCCUGUUGUAGACACAAGGACCCUUGGUUCUGAGAGUUCUCCUUUUGAGACUUACAAUGUUGAACUUGUCAAAAAAGAUGGACAGAGUCUUGGGAUUAGAAUUGUUGGCUAUGUUGGAACAGCUCAUCCAGGGGAAGCUUCAGGGAUUUAUGUGAAAAGUAUAAUCCCAGGCAGCGCUGCAUACCACAAUGGCCAAAUUCAAGUGAACGAUAAAAUUGUGGCUGUGGAUGGUGUGAAUAUUCAGGGUUUUGCCAAUCAGGACGUUGUUGAAGUACUGAGGAACGCAGGGCAGGUGGUGCACCUGACCCUAGUUCGAAGGAAAACAUCUUUAUCUGCUUCUCCAUUUGAACAACCUUCAAGCAGAGAAGCUGUUGCAGAACCACCUGAAGUGCCAGAACUAACUGGAUCCCUGAAACCAGAAACUAAUUUGAGUAUGGAAGCAGAGGAAAUCGGAGAAAGACUGGAUAAUCUGAGAAAGGACACUGUACAAGCCAUAGAAAAACCAGACGUAUAUCCAGAGGACAUCCCAGGCUCUCCAGAAAAUGAGCUGAAAUCCAGAUGGGAAAACCUACUGGGCCCAGAUUAUGAAGUAAUGGUAGCCACGUUGGACACGCAGAUAGCAGAUGAUGAGGAGCUUCAGAAGUACUCCAAGCUGCUGCCUAUCCACACUCUGAGGCUUGGUAUGGAGGUGGACUCCUUCGAUGGGCACCACUAUAUCUCCUCCAUUGCUCCUGGGGGUCCUGUGGAUACCCUGAACCUCCUGCAGCCAGAGGAUGAGCUUCUCGAGGUCAAUGGCGUGCAGCUUUAUGGGAAGUCUCGCCGAGAAGCAGUCUCCUUUCUUAAAGAAGUGCCCCCACCAUUUACCUUGGUUUGCUGCCGCCGGCUGUUUGAUGACGAGGCCUCAGUUGAUGAGCCGAGAACUGUGGAACCUUCUCUUCUUGAGGCAGAGGUCGACCGCAGUGUAGAUGUCAGCACUGAAGAUGAUGAUGGAGAAUUAGCCCUGUGGUCUCCUGAAGUCAAGACUGUGGAGCUGGUCAAAGACUGCAAAGGCUUAGGAUUCAGCAUUUUGGAUUAUCAGGACCCCCUGGAUCCCACGAGGUCAGUGAUUGUGAUUCGCUCCUUGGUGGCGGAUGGUGUAGCAGAAAGAAGUGGAGAACUUUUGCCUGGAGAUCGCCUAGUCUCCGUCAAUGAGUUCUCUCUGGACAAUGCCACUCUUGCUGAGGCUGUGGAAGUGUUGAAGGCUGUACCCCCAGGAGUGGUGCACCUUGGCAUCUGUAAGCCUUUGGUGGAGGAGGAGAAGGAGGAGAAGGAGGAACAUUUUAUUUUCCAUUCAAACAACAAUGGAGAUAACAGUGAGUCUCCAGAAACCGUUCACGAGAUCCACUCGUCUUUAAUCCUCGAGGCACCCCAGGGAUUUAGAGAUGAGCCAUAUCUUGAAGAACUCGUGGAUGAACCUUUUCUAGAUUUGGGGAAGUCUUUGCAGUUCCAACAAAAAGACAUGGACAGCAGCUCAGAAGCCUGGGAAAUGCAUGAAUUCCUGAGCCCUCGGCUGGAGAGAAGGGGUGAGGAAAGAGAGAUGCUUGUUGACGAGGAGUAUGAGAUCUACCAAGACCACCUCCGGGACAUGGAAGCACACCCACCACCUCCUCACAUUCGGGAGCCCACUGCUGCAUCUCCCAGGCUGGAUCUCCAGGCCGGCCCCCAGUGGCUGCAUGCUGACCUCUCAGGAGGAGAGGUACUCAAGUGUCACGACACAGAGUCCAUGAUGGCUGCUUAUCCCCAGGAGAUGCAGGACUAUAGCUUCAGCACCGCAGACAUGAUGGAAGAAACAUUUGGCCUUGACUCCCGGCCGCCCAUGCCCUCCUCUGAAGGAAAUGGUCAGCACGGCCGAUUUGAUGACUUGGAACAUCUUCACUCACUAGUGAGCCACGGGCUGGAUUUAGGCAUGAUGACUCCAAGUGACUUGCAAGGCCCUGGCGUGCUCGUAGAUCUUCCAGCUGUCACCCAAAGAAGAGAACAGGAAGAGUUGCCCCUGUACCGACUUCCCAGCGCCCGGGUGGUCCCCAAGCCUUCCUCACACGUGGGAAUGGUGUCUUCACGACAUGCAAAUGCUGCAUGUGAAUUACCCGAGAGAGAGGAAGGUGAAGGAGAGGAAACACCGAACUUCAGCCACUGGGGCCCACCAAGAAUUGUCGAAAUCUUUAGAGAACCUAAUGUGUCUCUUGGCAUCAGCAUUGUUGGUGGACAAAUGGUUAUAAAACGCCUCAAGAAUGGAGAGGAACUCAAGGGUAUAUUCAUCAAGCAAGUGUUAGAAGACAGUCCUGCGGGGAAGACCAAGGCCCUUAAAACUGGAGAUAAAAUACUUGAGGUGUCUGGUGUAGACCUGCAGAAUGCCUCGCAUGCAGAGGCCGUGGAGGCAAUCAAGAGUGCAGGGAACCCUGUGGUGUUCGUGGUACAGAGCCUGUCAUCCACCCCAAGGGUCAUCCCAAGUGUGAAUAACAAAGGCAAAACACCUCCCCAGAAUCAGGACCAAAGCACUCAAGAAAAGAAAGCUAAGAGGCACGGAACAGCUCCACCACCAAUGAAGCUGCCCCCACCUUACAGAGCUCCAUCUGCAGACGCUGAGGAGAGUGAAGAAGACAGUGCCCUGACCGACAAAAAGAUCAGGCAAAGAUAUGCAGACCUGCCUGGAGAAUUGCACAUCAUCGAACUGGAAAAGGAUAAGAAUGGACUGGGACUCAGUCUCGCUGGCAACAAGGACAGGUCACGGAUGAGCAUAUUUGUGGUGGGGAUUAACCCAGACGGACCUGCUGCUGCAGAUGGACGGAUGCGGGUUGGAGAUGAGCUGCUAGAGAUAAACAAUCAGAUCCUUUAUGGAAGAAGUCAUCAGAACGCAUCUGCUAUUAUUAAGACUGCCCCGACCAGGGUCAAACUGGUUUUCAUUAGAAACGAAGAUGCAGUCAAUCAGAUGGCCGUCGCUCCCUUCCCUGUACCAUCACAUUCCCCAUCGCCUGUUGAGGAUCUGGGUGGCACUGAACCUGUCAGUAGUGAGGAAGACAUCAGUGUGGAUGCUAAACCCCUGCCUGAAAGAGAAAGCUCCAAGCCGGAAGACCUGACCCAGGCGGUUGAUGACAACAUGGUGGCAGAGCAGGAGAAGGCAUCAGAGUCACCUGACAGUGCUGCCCGCCAGAUGAAACAGCCAGGAUACUCAACACAAGUCUCCUCCAGCUCACAAGAGAUCCCGUCAGCACCGGCUCCCUUGUGUCAGUCAACACAUGCAGACGUCACAGGCUCUGGUAACUUCCAGGCUCCCCUCUCAGUGGACCCUGCUCCUCUCUCAGUGGACCCUGCUCCUCUCUCAGUGGACCCUGCAACAUGUCCCAUUGUCCCUGGCCAAGAAAUGAUCAUAGAAAUAUCCAAGGGGCGCUCCGGGCUUGGACUCAGCAUCGUUGGAGGAAAGGACACGCCUUUGCCAGCAGGAAGUUUGCCAACAAAGGUGGGAGUUUGGGAAAAGAAGUUGCAGGAAAUGAUGAGCCAGGAUGCUAUUGUUAUCCAUGAAGUCUAUGAAGAAGGUGCAGCAGCCCGAGAUGGAAGAUUAUGGGCUGGAGACCAGAUAUUAGAGGUUAAUGGGGUUGAUCUGAGGAGCUCCAGCCAUGAAGAAGCCAUCACAGCCCUGAGGCAGACGCCCCAGAAGGUGCGGCUGGUGAUAUACAGAGAUGAAGCACAGUACAGAGAUGAGGAGAACUUGGAGGUGUUCCUUGUGGAUCUGCAGAAGAAGACUGGCCGAGGACUAGGCCUGAGCAUUGUGGGGAAACGGAGUGGAAGCGGAGUGUUCAUCUCUGACAUUGUGAAAGGCGGAGCCGCAGACCUCGAUGGGAGGCUAAUUCGAGGAGACCAGAUCUUGUCUGUGAAUGGAGAGGACGUGAGACAAGCCUCACAGGAGACAGUGGCCACCAUCCUGAAGUGCGUCCAGGGCCUUGUCCAGCUGGAGAUUGGGAGACUCCGAGCCGGUUCCUGGGCCUCCUCGAGGAAGACCUCACAGAACAGCCAGGGAGAUCAGCACAGUGCACACAGCAGCUGUCGGCCUUCCUUUGCCCCAGUCAUCACCAGCCUACAAAACCUGGUUGGCACAAAAAGAUCUUCAGAUCCUCCCCAGAAAUGCACAGAGGAGGAACCACGGACUGUUGAGAUAAUCAGAGAGCUCAGUGAUGCUCUUGGAGUCAGUAUCGCUGGAGGAAAAGGAAGUCCUUUAGGAGAUAUACCGAUAUUUAUUGCCAUGAUUCAGGCCAAUGGAGUGGCCGCACGUACCCAGAAGCUGAAGGUUGGAGAUCGGAUUGUGAGCAUUAAUGGACAACCUCUGGACGGACUGUCUCACACAGACGCCGUUAAUCUACUAAAGAACGCCUUCGGGCGCAUUAUCCUGCAGGUUGUGGCAGACACCAACAUCAGCGCCAUAGCGACUCAGCUUGAAAUGAUGUCUGCAGGCUCCCAGCUUGGCUCUCCCACUGCUGACCGACAUCCGCAAGACCCGGAGGAGCUGCUGCAGAGGACCGCCAAUUAAAGCGAGGUGAGCAGCUCUUCAGUGGUGUUACCCGGAAGGCGUUACCCGGAAGGCAUGACCCAUGAGCAAGCUGUCUCCAUUCUAAAGCAGCAGGGAGGGGCCGUGGCCCUGCCUGCUGCUGCCGUGAGCUACGGGUCCUGAUCUUCAUGACACACUUUUUAACGAGAAUACAGCAGAAUUAUGCGGCUUCCGGUUGGGAUGACAAGUUGCCUCGGCUCAAACCCAGUAUCAUCAUUGGCUCUGAUUCUGUUUACAGAAACUGGAGCUGCGGUCUCUGCUUCCUACUCACAUCCCCGGUUCCCACAGAGGCUUAACUGCAAACUCCUGUGGUUUCAUCUAAUGAGUAGAAACAAAGGUUUAGCUUGUCAUCUUAACUCGUGAUUUACUUAUGCUAAUUUGCCUCUUCAAAUAAACCAGAAAACAUUAGCAGUGUAAUUAACUUCCUCGCAAUGAACUAUUCAUAUGCUGCGCUGGGAAUUACAGCAGACUGUUCUGUGUGACUCAGUCAAGUGGACCUCCCGUCCCUGUCUCCCGAUAGAUCUGUAUGUUAGCCAUUGGUGAUUCUGAGGAGUCCAUUUACAGCUCUGUAAGCUACUCACCAUCCUAAUAGGCUUUGUUUCUGAGUUUGACAGUGCACACUCCACAGGAACAAGUAGCCCUCCUGUUUGUGUUCUGUCCACGCUAGCUCACAUUACUGGGAAGCUACUGGGAAUGAAGGGCAUCUUAGCAGGUCAGAGUCACCCGUUCCCAACCCCUGUAGACGCAGGCGAGGAGGUGGAAACCCUGGACCACACUGCAGCGAUAAGCAAGUUUGAGCGGCCUCAGCCCUAUUGGAAGCAAGUUAAAAGUUUGGUUUGCCUCUCCUUCACCUUCAUACCAGUCUGCAGAAGGGCUCAGCCUGCAGCAGCUGUGUGCAGCCCUUGAACAUAAAGGAACUGAGCAAAUGCCCUGGGAAUCAGACACGGAAGUGCUUAGCCCGAGUUUCCCAGUCUCCGCUUCCUAUUGGCUGAAGUUCUGUAGCUAAAACAGCAACUGUGGCCGAAGGGUAAGAGUGCUUGUAGAGUGAAAGGGGCUGGGAAGGGAGAUGCUGAGAACAAAGGAAAGUGCCAUGAAGGGUGAGUACAGGGUCAGCAGUAGACAUAGUUUAGCAUCCUAGAACUAUAACUCAGUGCGGCAGAUUGCUCAGCAAUUACCCGGAGUUUAAUGGGCCCUAAUUUAAAAUGUUAUUUAACUAGUGAGGAUGUUAACUGAGGUUCCCUUUGAGUAGAUGUACUCACACAGUGCACGGACUCUUGUUGAGAUAUUUUUCGUGCUAUUAGAAAGUGCAGAAUGCCUCACUUUUAUGCUGACAGUGUAUUGCAGUGACCGGCAUUAAGGUUUUUUGAGAUUCUAUAAGUUUUUUUUAGAAUUUAUAAUGUAUCUAAGAUACAUGGUUUGGUUAGCAUCUCAUCCCCAGUUCAUGAGAAGCCACCAACCUCAGUAUCCUGUGUGAAUGGUACCCAAAAGAAGACCUCAAGCAGCAGAAACCAAAUGAAGCCCAAAUGAAAGUGCACCUUAAACAAUGAAGAUAGUGACAUUAAUGCUUUCCAAGUGGGAUCCCGCUCACUUUUGAUGGAAUGGAAUGGCGUUAAAUACACAUUUUGAAAUAA